AUGGAAACUGCUGGCAAGGUUAUCACAUGUAGGGCAGCCAUUGCCUGGACAAGUAAUGCUCCCUUAUCUAUUGAGGAGGUGGAAGUGGAUCCACCAAAGGCUGGAGAGGUUCGAAUUAAGAUUAUAUCUUCAGGGAUCUGUGGUUCAGAUGAUCACAUUACAGAAGGAAAAACCAAGACACCUUUACCUGCAAUUUUAGGACAUGAAGGAGCUGGGAUAGUAGAAAGCAUUGGAGAAGGUGUGAGCAGUGUGAAACCAGGAGAUAAAGUCAUAACAAGUGCUGUACCUCAAUGCCGUGAAUGUGACUCCUGCUUACAUGCCAAGGGCAACUGUUGCCUGAAGGAAGAUGUCUUUUCUCCUGUUGGAUUGAUGCUUGAUGGUACCAGCAGAUUUACAUGCAGAGGAAGGAAACUGCAUAACUUUUUUGGAACAAGCACAUUUACCGAAUACACAGUGAUGCAUGAGAUAUCAGUAGUAAAAAUUGAUGAUGCUGCACCCCUGGAGAAAGUCUGCAUAAUAGCCUGUGGAUUCCCUACUGGCUAUGGAGCUGCUGUUAAUGUAGCACAGGUGACUCCUGGUUCCACCUGUGUUGUCUUUGGGCUUGGAGGUGUUGGCUCUGCAGUUGUUCUGGGGUGCAGAGCAGCUGGUGCUGCCAGGAUCAUUGGCAUUGACAUCAAUGAAGGGAAAUUUGCUAGGGCAAAAGCUCUUGGGGUCACUGAUUGCCUUAAUCCUCAAAACUUCAAGAAGCCCAUCCAGGAGGUGGUGGUGGAAAUGACUGGAUUUGGUGCUGACUUUACCUUUGAGGCUAUUGGGACUAUCGAGACCAUGGUGGCUGCUCUGGAAUCCUGCAACCUGAGUUAUGGUGUCUGUGUUGUUACUGGACUAUCACCAACAGGAUCUCAGCUCUCUUUUGACCCGACGAAGCUACUAUCUGGCCGGAUCCUGAAAGGGUGCUUGUUAGGAGAGUAUAAAACCAGAGACCAGAUUCCUUUGUUAGUAGAUGAUUACAUGAAAAAGAAAAUUGACAUGGACCCAUUGAUAACCCACAGACUACCUUUCAUCAAAAUUAAUGAAGGGUUUGAACUCCUCCGAUCAGGAAAAUGCAUUCGCUGUGUCUUGUUGUUCUGAAAUCCUAAUGGAUGAAAGGGACAAGGAAAUCCAAGGAGACAUCCUUCCUUGCUACAGGGUCAUCCUCUUGGGGCCUUCAUAUAGAUCAGGACUGGGGUUGUAAAUUUGGUACUUUCUAGAA